AUGAAAUGGACAAUGAUGAUUGUCGCUACCCUCUUGCUACUCACUCAAUCAUCGAAUGCGAUUUAUUUCCAUAUUAAAGAAGGCUCGACGAAAUGUUUCAUCGAAGAUGUCCCUGAGGAUACCCUUAUAUCAGUAUCGUAUGCGAUAUCGGUAUUAGAUGGCGAUAAAUUUGUUCGCAACCCUGAUCAUGGUGUUCAUGUUGAAAUAAAGGAUCCUGAAGGAAAUGUUGUUCUUUCUAGGGUGUAUUCUUCCGAGGGAAAGUUUUUUUACACAUCACUGGCACCUGGGGACCACAGCAUUUGCCUUUCUACUCGUGGUUCUUCUUGGUCUAAGACACUCCUCCGUGUUAGUUUAGACAUUGGCAUCGGUGGUCAUGGUACUGAUUACAAAGAGGUCGCAUCUAAAGAAAAGCUUAAUGAUAUUGAGCUGCGUAUCCGUCAAUUGCUCGAUCAAGUUGCAAUGCUUGCAAAAGACCAAGACUUCCAACGUGCAAAAGAAGAAUACUUCAGACGUAUUAGCGAAAGCAUCAACAGCCGAGUUACUUGGUGGUCCAUCGUUCAAGUUAUUCUUCUUAUCCUUACUGGUAUUUUUCAAAUGCGGAAUCUCCGUUCCUUCUUCCUUGCCAAAAAGCUCGUCUAA